ACGCCAAUUACCAAUUACCAGAUAAAAAAUCGUAUAUUUUUGUUAAACAAUAAUAUUGAUAAAUCAAUAUUCAUACUACAGCCAAGUAGCAACAUUUGUUGUAUUGAACGCAAAAGCAAAGUUAAGGAAACAAUCUCGAGAGUUGCCGAAAAAUGACAGACUCGAUGAAAUUUGGACCAGAAUGGUUACGCAAUAUGUCAGCGGAGCCGUCUGUUGGUGGCGGAGUCACUGCCGGCGGAUUAAACAGUUCCUCCUUCUCCAUACAUACGGCUGGUGGAGGCGGGGGCGGGGGCAAUUUGUUGGCCAGUCAUCAUAGCCAACAGCAACAAAAUGCGGCUGCUUCUCGCAACUUGUUUCCAGAAUAUCGAUAUGGCCGUGAAGAGAUGCUAUCCUUAUUCGAUCGCAAUUGUUUGUUACCGCAAAUACUGCCCUCAUUUAAGAAACUCUUUGUGGACAAAGUUCAAUAUCCAUUGGCCCUAACGCCCAGCUCCGAGGAAGAGAUGACGGCCCAAAGUCCGAUUGGCAGUAGCUCUCGUCCAGCUUGGCUGCAACGUUCAGCCGGCGGUUUUGGCAUCUCCUCGCGUGGCUCAGCUAGAGGUGGAAGCGUCGAUCGUGGUCGGAUGCGUGGUAAAUCGGUUUAUCAUCCGAUAUACCAGAGGCCAGGCCCCUUAUACGAUGAGAGUUUGUCAGCGACACCGAUAAAGCCGGAGCGUAAUUGGAGUGAGCGUAAUGGGAUUGGAGACUCGACAGCUGUCGGCAUACCUGCGGGUGGCGGGGGCGUGGGCGGUUCUAGCGGAGUGCCUGUGGACUGGAAUGGCACACCAAGUUCCAGUCCGAGGAAGGAAUUCUCCAGCCAUAAUCGCAACAUGGAGAACUGGCGACGAAAUCGCAAUGAAGAUGGCUCUGGUGAUGGUCCAACUGGUCCAACUGGGAACCUAGCUGGCAUCGAAGCUGGAUGGCGCAGUGGUGCCAACCAUCGUUGGGGACGCUCAACUAGUUGGCGGGAUGAGGAGAUCACGCCCAUGCAGGCUGGCAAUCUGGAUGGCUCGACUGGACCGUCUGGACCGACAACUGGUGUACAGCGUUCCAUUUCAGCCAUUGGCACUGUUAGCACUGAGCGCGCUAAAAUACCAGGAUCAGGAGCUAAUCGUUCCAAGUGGAUUGGUGGCAGUUUGAAAGGUGACGAUGCUGAUCUACCCGAAUGGGCCAUGGAGAAUCCCUCGGAAAUGGGUGGAACUUUUGACUCGACCGGCGCUUUUCACGGCGACAGCAUCGAAUCGGAGAUUUACAAUCCAAAUGCCAGUCGAAAGCAGCAGCAGGAGGAUUGUGAGCAGCCGCUGUCCACGGAUGGAACUGAUGGCUCAAAGGCUACAAUGGAAGCAAAUUCAAACAACAACAGUUACAGCCAAGUUGUGGCAGAGUUGAACUUGGAGAAAGAGGCAAAAACAAGUGAAAUGCCAAACAAUAACAAUCUGAUUGAGCAGGAGCAGCGUGAAGAAGCGGGAAUAACUGAAAAUGAAAAAACAACGACAACAACAACAACAACGCCUUCGCACAACAAUAAAUCUGUUGCUGUUGUUCAUGGUGACAUCUCCGAGCGCUUUCAGCAAGUCGCCAAUGAAGUGGAGAAGCUGAUAAUGGACGAUGAUGCUGGUGAUUGUAAUAAAUUGCUAGGGGCCGAAGCCACAGCAACAACUGUAACAGCAGCAACAGCAAGCAGAUAUACUGCACAGCUGCAACAUCCACAACAGCAUUCACAACAGCAUCCACAACAUGCGGAGACAGCAGCAAUUUGCAAACCAAUUCAAUUCAGCGAACCGUUGCUGUCGCUACAGCAGCAACAACAUCUGCAACAGCAAUCACAACUGCAACAGCAAUCACAGCAACAACACCAACAGCAAUCACAGCAUUUAUCGGUGCUGCCACCACAUAUGUUGAAUGCAAAUCCAAAUGAUUUGUGGUUCUAUCGCGAUCCACAGUCGAAUGUACAGGGACCCUUUAGUGCCAUCGAGAUGACAGAAUGGUAUCGAGCUGGCUACUUUAAUGAGAAUCUAUUUGUGCGACGUUUUGCCGACAGUCGAUUUCGGCCAUUGGGUGAACUGAUUAAGCUAUGUCAUGGCAAUAUGCCGUUUACACACAGUCAUCUGUUGCCAACGCCAAUGGAUUUGGAUCAGCUACAGUUACAAUUAACGCCAAGGAAGCCAGCUGCCAUGAAUAUACCGUUUGCAUUGAACGAACAGCAGCAACAACAGCAACAGCAACGUGAUGAGCAAUUGAAAGCUAGUGUGACAGCAGCUGCAGAUUCAUUGAGUGCUGCCGUUAAGGGCCAUGGAUUAGGACAUGGUCAUGUACACUCACAAGGACAUCCAACUGGACACAUUGCUGCUCCACACACCAUGGACACCUCACACAUGCUGACAAUGCGCUUUCAAAUGCUACAGGAUCAGUACUUACAGCAUCAGGAAUAUCAAAUUCUAUCGGAGCUAUCGAAAAAUGAUUGCUUCCAACGCUUGGAUGCUGCACAGCGUGAAGCGAUUGUUCGCAGCAAAGUGCAGAUGUUGGUGCUACCAGAAUAUCUGAGCAGUUUCAGUGGAUUGAGUAAUUCACUGGCUGCCUUAAAUCCCAUUGCUGGCAGCCAGCUAUACGAUGCUAUUGCUCAGCAGGCCAAGAAGGAUCAACAACAGCAACAGAUAUUUUCUGAACGGCCAGCAGGCAUCUUUUUGGAUGCCAAUAACUUUAUUUUAAAUGCACAAUUGAUGCACAACAAUCAACAACAGCAAACACAAGAGCAGCAGUGUCAAGAGAUACAAAAUAUUGCAACUGAACAUCCAGAGACGCAAAGCAAAUUAAAUGAGUUACCCAAUACGGAUAUAGAUCUGUUGAAUGAAUAUAAUUUAAGGAUGUUGUUGCGCGGUCCAUCGACAGCAGCAACUAAUCCACUGGCUAAGCCAAACUCGGCUGUUGAUUUCAUGACACACGAGUCACAAUUGUUGGCAGCACAAAUGUUGCCAAUGUGGCCACAAAACUUGCAACAACAAAAGCCACAGCAGCAGCAGCAGCAACAACAGCAAAUAAAUCAAGCAUGGCCUACAAAUGCCAAGGUUACUUUAUGGGAUGUUGCCACAUUAGAAGAGGAACAAAACCAACAGUUGUUGCUGCAGCAGCAACAACAACAACAGCAGCAGCACCAACAACAGAAGCGUCAAGAGAACUCGACAAUACAUUUGGAUUUCGAAACGAAUAACGACAAUCAGCGAAAAUCAGACGAAGAGUUAAUGCAGGAACAACAGCAACAACAACAACAAUCGUUGGCCAAGGCACAGCAACUCACAACGGACAAUGUCAAUGUCAACAAGGAUCAACAAACAGCUCGACAAAAUCAGCAGACUCUGCAACAAGCCAGUUUCAAACAGGUUAACAAACAACAGCAGCAACAACAAUCUGUUCAGAAACAACAACAACAACCGGGCGGUAAACAAACUGAACUCAAAUUAAAUAACGAGGAUGAUCGUCGUCGGGAACAGGCUGAGGAAAAGAAACGUCUCAAGGAAGAGCGUAAGCGACAACAGCAAGAGGAAGAGAAACGACGAGCAAUGAUUGCCGAAGAGGAAAGGAAUCGACAGCAACAAGAGGAAAAGGAGCGACAGCAACAAAUACAAGCUCAGCGUCGCAAGGCAUUGCUCGGAAAUGUCAAUGGCAAUGGAAAUCAGCAACAAUCGGCAACAGCAACAGCUACAUCAAGUGCCUCAGCUGUAUAUACAACAGGAUCAGGCAAUAAGCCGGCAAUAAUUGGCGCUAAGAUGGAGCAACAACAUUCACAACAGCAACAACAACAGGCAACAGGUCGUUCUCAUGCCACUUCCAUUGCACCGUGGUCCUUGCAGUCGCCCAGUGUAAAUGCUGUCGCUCCCGGAUUGGCCGAGAUUCAGAAGGCGGAGAGACGCGAACGGCGUGCAGAUCAACAGCGUCAACAGGAGCAAUUGGAUAAACAAAUGCGAGCGAAUGCCGCAGCAGCAGCCGAGGCUAAUGAUGCAAUGCUCAAGUGGCAGGCAUCUCCGGCGCCAGCACCAGUCAUGAGUCUGGUUGACAUCCAGGCCGAGGAGGCCAAGCGCUUGGCCAAUGAACUGAUGGAGCAGCAGCGUCGUCGGGAGCAGGAACACCAACAACAUCAACACCAACAACACCAGCAGCAGCUGGCAACUGUGGCAGCUGGCAGCUUGUCGGGUGUCUCCGGCGGAUUGUCCAAUAUCUGGGGUAAUGCCAAUAAGGCAUGGACUGGUGCCUCGGUGGUUACCAACAACUCCAGCUCUGUUGUUGCCGGUGCUGGCUUGUGGGAUGAUCCAACUCCUGCCCUGUCCGCUCUGCCCGCUGCUGCUGCUGCUGCUGCUGCGGCUGCGGCUGCAACUUCCAAGUAUGUUGCAACAACAACAGCAACUGUCGCUUCUGUUCUGGCCACGGCUAACAAACAGCAGCAAUCAGCAAAUCAAUUGCAACAGGCCAAGACUAUUCAAUCAACCAUUUUGCCCUCGCCUCGCAAUUUACGCAAGAGCCAAACAUUGCCAGCCAUGCAGAAUGUUGUAGUAUCAAAGAAUGCCAAAACAACUACUGCAACCGAUAAAACUAAAGUCGCUCCAACAAAAGCAGCAACAUCGAGCAAGGCAACAGCAUCAGCUGCAGCAGCAACUGUUGCUGCUGCUGAGGACAACAACAACAAAAAGUCCACUCAAAUCAAAAGCAGCGACGCCUCCUCGUCGCACAGCAAAAUUAGUGAAUAUGAAAACGAGUUCACCACUUGGUGCAUGAAGAGCCUGGAUAAUAUGUCGGCCAAAGUGGAUGUACCUACGUUUGUUGCCUUUUUGCAAGACCUCGAAGCACCCUAUGAAGUAAAGGACUAUGUUCGCAUAUAUCUGGGUGAAGGAAAAGAUUCGAGUGACUUUGUCAAGCAGUUUUUGGAGCGACGUAGUAAAUAUAAAAGCUUGCAGCGUGCUCAGAACGCACAUAACGAUGAUAUGUGUAAGCCGGCACCGGCUAUAACACCGUCAAGCAAUGAUAAUGGUGAAAAUAAGAGCAAACAGAAGAAAGUCAAGAAAAACAAGAUGACCAAAAUGGACGCUCGUAUUCUUGGCUUUUCGGUAACCGCCGCCGAGGGACGCAUUAAUGUUGGAAGUCGCGAUUACGUCGAUGCUCCAUAACCUAUAGAAUCAUCUUAGCCGCAAAAGUUAAUAAUACAACAACAUCGGCAGUUGAUAGAAAUAGGAAUGAAUUUGAAGUUUAAAUUGAAUAUGAAUUGAUUUGAAAUUAACAGGUUACAAUUGGAAGUGGCAAUAAAUCUGUUAUAAAUAAACGCGAAUAAGUGUACCCUAAUAAA